CUCCCUCCUCGCCGCUUCCAAAGCAGCAGAAAGCAAUCGAGAGGAGAACCAGCAGCCUCCAAUAAGAGCCAGCCAGAGAAACUAAUAAAACUCUCACCGCCGCCAUCCGAGAGAACAAGCCAACCGACCCCGUCCCCAAGGCAAUCCGUCGCCGACGUACCACCGCCACCGCAGGAGCGAGAUGGAGAUGAAGAGGAUCCUCUUCGCCGUCCUCGUCGUCAUCGCCGCCUCGGCCACCGCAGUGCUGGCCUCCACCGAGGCCGCCGCCGCGGGCGCCCCAACUGCCUCCGAGUCGUCCGCCGAGGCUCCCGCUGGCGCUGGCGCUGGCGCUGCCGCUGGCGCCGCCGCCGCGGGGCCCUCCGCCAGCAGCGGCGCGCCCGCCCUCGCCGCCGCGCCCGCCGCGCUCCUCUUCUCCCUCCUCGCCUACUACCUCCACUAAGCGUGUGCGUGCUUACGUACGCGCGCAUGGACGACGAUGGAUCCGUCCACCGUUGCCAUUGCAGUUGCCUCGCUCGUUCUUGGUGACUGUUGCUGCGGUGGUCGACUUGGAAGACGUCACCUGCACCGCUGUUUCCAUAUAUUAUUAUUGAUGUGAUCUGAUAUGAAUAUAUAUGCAUGGUGACGGGUUGUGUUAAUUACAUAGACGUGAUUUAAUUUAUCUAUUUGUGUCAAGUCGUUCUGUAAUCAUGCGAUGAAAUAUAUGAUUUGGUUUUCCAUUUGUUUGAAAUGCACA